AUGCAAGAUGAGGAAGGAGAAGGCAAGGCAACACCUCAGUGCCCUCUCUCCAUGUCCGUCUUUAAUAUGUCUGCCAGUGUCUUCCUGCUGACACUCAUCUCUCUUGACCGCUGUGUCUCUGUCCUCUGGCCAGUGUGGACCAGGAAUCACCGCACACCUGCCCGGGCAGCCCUGGCUGCUCUAGGGGCCUGGAUUUUUGCCCUGGCUAUAGCUUUCCCAAAUAUCAUUUUCAAAUCAACACACACAGAGGAUGAAAUCACCUUUUGCUACUCUGACUUGGACCCCUGGAAUGAGACAGGAGUUGAUCAGGACCACUAUGAUGCCCUGGCUGAGAGCCGCCUCUGGUCCCUGGUGCUCAGCCGUUUCUUCCUAGGUUUUGUGAUCCCUCUAGUCAUCAUCAGUGUCUGCUAUGGCCUUAUAGCAGUCAGGCUCUGCAGUGGAAUGAAGAUGGUCAAGUCCAGUAGGCCCUUCAAGGUCCUCACAGCUGUGGUGGCUGCCUUCUUCCUCUGCUGGUUCCCUCAUCAUGUGGUGUCUAUGAUAACAGUCUCCGUGUACCAACAGCCACACCUUGAAGAUCUUUUGCCAUUCCUGAGUCCUCUUUCCUCUUCCCUGGUAUUUGUCAAUAGUUGUCUCAACCCUUUGCUCUAUGUCUUCAUAGGCCGGGACUUCAGGGAGAGACUGCUCAGAUCCCUGCCAGCUGCCCUGGAGAGGGCUCUGAGUGAGGAAUCUGGCCCAACAGGCACCACGGGGAACAGUUUUACCUCUGCCUCUCCAGCCACUGAUGCUGAAAGCCAGGGGUUAUGA